CGGAGAAAAACCAAGGACAAGGAAACCCCUUCCCUUUCCUGGAGAGCACGGGUGAUGGAGAGUGGAGAGAGCAAGCCGAAACCCCCAAAACCCUCCUCCACCUCGCCGCUGCGCGCUAUGUCCUCCGCCGCCGGGGACCACCUAAUCCUUGGCCCUCCCGUCGCGGGCCUCCCCGUCGGGAAUGCGUCGUCGUCAGCCGAAGCGGGCUCCACCUCCACCGCGGGACAUGUCGCAGGCGCGGAGGUCGUCGAGCACUUGCAAAGUGGCGCCUUUGGCAACCCCUGCCUUAGUUUCUUCGCCCUCGUCGACAGGGACACGCCGCCCCAGCACCUCCGCGACCUCCUCGCCGCCGCCUGGGAGCACGAUGCCCUCACCGCGCUCAAGCUCGUCUUCAACCUCCGCGGCGUGCGCGACAACGGCAAGGGCGACAGGGAGGGAUUCUACACCGCCGCGCUCUGGAUGCACCAAUACCACCCACGCACGCUCGCCGGCAACCUCUCCGCGUUCGCCGAGUUCGGCUACAUCAAGGACUUCCCCGAGCUUCUCUACCGCAUCAUCCACGGCGCUGAUGCACGCAAGGUCGCUAAGGCCAAGUCCAAGGCCUGAGGGGGCGACCUCGCCAGACUGAGCGGCCGGAAGCGCGCCCGCGACGACGACGACGACCCUACGCCUGCGGCGUCUACCGAUGCGGUCCAGGUCCAGCCCCAGCCCCAGCCCCAGCCCCAGCCCGACCACUUGCUCGCCGACGCCGUCAACCUGGAGACAGAGGAUGUCGUGGGGGAGGCGCCGGUGAAGGGCAGCCCCAGCAAGAAGGUGCUCAAGGCGGCCCGCCUCGCCAAGUUGGCCAUGAAAAUAUACCAUGAAGAUGACAACUAUCGUCUCCUCUUCAACUCCAUCACCAGUUUCUUUGUGGACAAAACCUCCGCUCCGAUCUCGAGCACCACAAGUCCGGCAAGCUGUCCAAGAUCGGGCUCACCGCCAAAUGUUGUCCCUCACCAGACUCGUCCUUCGACCAAUCCACAUUGUUAUGUGAGGCCAUCGCUCGCGGUCUCUUUCCACGCGAAUCAGACGCUAGCUACGCCAACAUGAAAGAGAAGCAUUACAUCUUCCUUGUGCGCCGCCGUCUCCGCCGCGAGGUUCUCGUGCCGCUGCGUAAGGACCUGGAGCUGCCCGAGAUUUAUAUGUCCAAAAACCAAUGGUCUGAUCUGCCUUACGAGCGCGUGGCCUCAGAGGCCAUGAGGAUUUACGAGCACUUGUUCAAGAAGCACGAUGAAGGGCGCUUCACGGCGUUUCUCAAAGACCACAAAGAUAGCCGCGAGGCCGCCAAGCACAAGGCAAAGAAGGCGGCGCCCCAGCCACCCCUUCUGCAAGACAUCAUUACCUCGCUUGGCCUGGCAUCGCAUGCCAGCAACAUCAAACGAAGGGAGGAUGCUGCUCAGCAGUGGCGCACUUUGGUCGAUCAUCUCCGUGGGAAGGGAUCUCUGUGCAAUUGUAUGGCGGUCUGCGACGUCAACAAGGGGGGGCUGGUCAAAAGUGAAGGCCAGAAGUUGUUGAAGAUCUGUGUGGGGCUUGGAUUCUUAAUCUCUGAACUCAGUUCGCCUCCAUGGACGAACUCGGUGCAUGCCUUCGCUUCAAACUAUUUCCCUCUUGUGCUUCCUGUUGGCAGCUAUCGGGAAAAGUUGAAUUUUAUUCGCCAGAUGCCUUGCGAAGAGAGGUUUAACCUAAAGAAGGUGUUUGAGGGGAUAAUUACAAGGGCAGUAACGAGUGGUGUUACCCCGGACAAUAUGGUGAAGACCAUAUUCAUAUUCACAGACAAGUUUUUUGAGAAGGCAUCAGUGCGUCCGGUUGAGCUGAUUGAACAUGAAGAUUUUAAUCCAUUGUCGUCGCGUCCGUGGCAUGAAGAAUAUCGGAGGGUGUGCGAAGAAUUCAAGAGGGUAGGCUUUCAGGACGUGGUACCUCAGAUCGUACUGUGGAACCUUAAGGGGCCACGCUCUGCAGGCUUAACCGCAACUAAGGAUGGAGUCAUGACACUUAGUGGAUACUCGGAUGAGUUGAUGAGAUUGUUUCUUGAGAACAAUGGGGUGGUGGAGCCGGAAGAUGAGAUGCUUGAUGCAAUUGCUGGGGACGAGUACCAGAAACUUCAAGUGAUUGAUUAGGAUAACUGGUCUAGAGGUUUGAGAUUAUAUGAGUGACUAGGAGAUCUAUGUUUAUCCUGACUCAGUAAUACCUUUUUUGUGUUGGAUGCAU